AAAAAAAGUCACUUUACUUCUGAAUUAUAUUUAAAGAUGGAGUCAGGAAUCCUGGUAUUUUUGCUUGUUAUUAUUAUCCUAUCAAGGUUCAUAUUAUGGUCCUGUCUGAGCACUUACAUAGACUAUAAACUUGCUAAAAGAUUCCCUAACAGACCAAAGAAAGACUAACAUGGAUAGAAUGUUUACGAUUCUUAAUGGAGAAAUAUUGUCUAAAAAAAAUAAAAUACAGUUAAAUGGACACUCUCAUAAAAA